AGCUGAGCGCAGGGAGGCGGGCGGCGGCGCAGCGCCCGCCGCACUCGGCGCGGAGCAGCGCAGCGCGGGAGGCGGCGGCGGGCGGGCGCAGGAGCGCCGCCGCCCCGGGGACUCGAACCCGCCACCGCCGCGCCGCGCCGCCCGCCCGCCCGCCGCGGGACUCGAACCCGGCGCCGCCGCCCGCCGCGGGACUCGAACCCGCCGCCGCGAGGACUCGAACGGGCCGGCGCCCCGCAGCGCUCCGCCCGCCCGGCUCGCUGCGGCGGGGGCUGCGAGAUGGCCGCGGACGGGGGCCGCGGGGUGCUGCGCCGGCGGCGCCUGGGGCUGUGGCUGCUGGCGGCGGCGGCGGUGGCGGGGCUGUGCGGCGGCGGGGCGGCGGGCAAGUCCCCCAGCUGCCACGAGGUGCGGACGGCGUUCCAGCUCCGGCAGAUCGGGCCCCUCAAGCUGGUCCCCGACGUGCCCACCGCCGACUCAGAUUUACAGAUCUGUCAACAUAGAGCGCCAACAUGUUGCACCAAAAAAAUGGAAGAAAGCUACCAGGCCGCCGUUCGCAGGGAGAGGACACAGAGUAUCCAGGCGCUGAACUUCGAGCUGAAGUACAUGAUCGUCGGUCAUAUCACAGCCUUCCAAGAGGCCUUUGAGUCUUUGCUUCGCUUUGCUGAGAAUCGCACGAGUUCCCUGUUUGAGACAGCUUACAGACCUAUGGCGAAAGAAGCAGCAGAGCCGGUUAAAGAACUUUUUACAGACCUCUCUCUCUACAUCCUGGGUGCAGAGACUACUGUGGAAAGUGCAGUGCUACGGUUCUUCGACAGCCUCUUUCCUCUGGUAUACAGUCGGCUAAUAAACCCAGGAAUUACAGAUUUAUCAGAGGACUAUACAGAGUGUCUACGGCUUACGAGGCAAGAUGUAAAUCCUUUUGGACGCUAUUCUAAAAAUAUGGUUACGGAGCUGUCAAAAUCUCUUUGGGCCAGCAGGAUGCUAAGCCAGGCCCUCAGCAUGGGCAUCGAGGUGAUAAAUACUACUGAACACGCCGCUCUUACGAAGGAGUGUAGCAAAGCGCUGGUGAAGAUGCAGUACUGCCCGCACUGCCAGGGCCUGACGCUGAUCAGACCCUGCGUGGGGUAUUGCCUGAACGUCAUGAGGGGCUGCUUGGCCAGCGUCUCGGAGCUGGAUGCGCAGUGGAGGGAGUAUAUCUCUACGCUGGAGUAUCUGGCUAACGAAAUGGCCGCGUCGCACGACCUGGAAACGGCGCUGGCGGGAAUCCGGAAUUCGGUCAACGAAGCCAUCCUGCACGCGCAGCUGAACGGGCCACAGCUCUCUGCCACAGUUGAUAAAGUGUGUGGACAGCCCAAACAACAAGAAGGGAACCUGUCGUCAGACAAUAUAGCGCCAGUGAAGGAAGCGACUGAAACCCAGAUGCUUGUGAUGGCUCAUGCUAGUCUGAACAAUAAGAGAAGUUCUCUGCCUCUGAAAGCUUCAAAGAAUGACAAAUCAAGAAGUUUGAAAAAAAUCUCUCGAGAGUUCAUCAACUACAUGAAGCGAUCCCGAACCUUUUAUGCCUCUAUAGCAGAAAGGCUGUGUGAUGGAGACCUGGUGAUGAGAGACAGCUCAACUUGCUGGAAUGGAGAGGAUGUCGUAGAAAGUUAUACCAACAGAGUUGUUUCCAAUGGACUGAAGGCACAAAUUAAUAAUCCAGAAUUGAAAGUCAGAGGACUAGACCCACUCAUCAGUAACUUAAUUGAUAAACUUCAGCACUUUAAUCAACUGGAUGCUGAGAAGGCAAAAUUAAAACUGGAAAGAUGGGCUUCCCGAGACGCUGGCAGUGGAGGUGGAAGAAGUGAAGAGACGGAGUCAAGCGGGGAUUGUGAUGAUGAGGAUGGCUGUCAAGGAUCCGGUGAUAGGAUUCACUCAGCAGAUGUACUCAAGGACAAGAAAACCCAUCCAGAAAACAGGAACGAACCAAAACCAACUGUGAAAAAGACUGACACCACCACCACCACAAGCACUGUCAAGUCAUCCUCUAAACACACUGUGACUGGGAAGGGGAGCAGCCCGGCCCCGAGCUCCUCGCUCUGCGUGUCGGUGGCGCUCGCGGUGCUGUGGCGUGGCCCGCUGUAGCCGCCUUGCGUUGCGGCCGCUGUGCAAACGUUUCUGUUCACUGUCAUUUAUACCUGCAGCCUUACCCGACCGAAAGCAAAGUUAAAUGGCUCUCUAGCUUAUGUGAUAUGUUAGAAUAAAUAUUAACCAGGAUGCUGGGAUUGGCAGAUAGGAAGCACCAUCGCUUACGGUGUCUGAAGCCAGGCUUUGACAAGCCCGCCUAAGAUACAGAGGGAAUGACGACAAAGGUCCGAGUUGCUUAAGUUAUUGGGUAGAAAUAAUUGAGAACACAGAAAUUGUGAAUGUGCGCGUUAUCAUUUUUCUCAGUUUUGUUCACUGGAUAAUCUGACUGGUUGGUUUUGGUUUUUUAUUUUUUCUGAUUCAAUGAGUGGUUAAUCUUCAAUUCAAGGCAAUACACGCAUUAUUUCUCUAGUGAACAGCUGAUAACCUGUGUCUACAGUAGUAAACCAUGUUUAAGUUAAGUACUCUGUACCAGCUUGAUGAAAUUCCUAAGUGGUCGAGAAGAUCAGAGCAUGUUUGAAGCUUCUUUUCACUCUUACUGUUUAGAUUGUAGAAAGCAACAUAAAAGCAUAUGGUGUGUCUAAUGUAUCAGUAUAGUUGCCUUAACCAUGGAAAAAAUUAGAAAUACUUGAUUUACUGAGGGACAUAGAAAGUGAGUUUCCCUGCCCCCCAAAAUGCCGUUACUAUAUGCUUAAGCAUAUGCUCGAGGUUUAUUGGAUGAACGUCCAGCAGUGGGAAACAUAAACAUAAUAAUGUUUUAUCCAGUUGAAUGCAGUUCUGUAUGGAGGGGAAAAAAAAAGAUAAUCAGUUCAAAUUUACUUUGCCUAUCUGAUGUUGAAGAGAAACUGCCUUCAAUUUUCCGCAUAGGUCCCAGGGAUGUAAGUUAUUGGGAAUUCCUGUUAGACACAAAUUAGAUUUUGUGCAUUGUGAAUCUCUGAAUUGAAUCUGUUUCAGAAACUGUGUAUUAUUUAAUUACAUUUAAUGUUUAACAUUUUGUAUCACGAUAGGUAUAAAUGUAAAACAAUCUGAAAUCUAGAAUGUUCUCUAUUAUGUCUCAUUUGAUUUCUAUCCUAGAAAAUAUCAAAAUGUGCAUUUUAUUACAAGGCUAUUUUUUUUAUAAUCAAUGCUACAUUGAUGCAUUUUAACUUUUUGGAUGGAAAAGUACUGUAACUUCUAAUGGGUUAAGACCUAAUGUGUGUUUUCCAACAGCUAUGUUUACAGUGCCACUGAAUAUAUAUAUACAAACACAACUGUAUGAAUACAGUGAUUAAUAUGAUAAAUAUGAGAAACAUUAGAAUUGUUAUAUUUACUACAUUUCAUACUAUUACAACAGUUUAAUGGCCAUUUUCAUGUUGUAGACUUUUUAUUAUGUACAGUUUUAUAAGAUUUAAUGUAAAGCAUUUGCCUUUGGUUUUUUUGUGUAAAACAUCUCUUUUAAUACUUAGAGUUACGCAUCCACUGACAUAACUCAAAAGAAGAACCCUGUAUCUUAUUAAUAAGCUUCAGGCAUUUUGUCAGCAACUUUGAUUAUAAAAGACAACCUGGCUCAAAGAAGGUGCCAUGUGCCAAUAUUACUGCGUGUCACUAUAUAAAGAGACAAUAAUACAGAACAAGAGCAUAAAAUAAGUGGGCAAGGUCUCACUCUACUUGUAUGUUUUCAGAUAGUAUUAGUGAACAUGUCUAAUUCUAUUUGUAGAGAUGGAGUUUGAUUUUUUUUUAAUUUGGGCUCUUAGAUCGUGUUUGCGCACAUGAAAGUAUAAUCAGAACCACUGAAACAUCCAGCUGCAAAGGGGGCAUCUCUAAAAUGAAAAUAGCUAAGUUUUGUAAAACAGAAUUCAGAAUUUUAAUGUUGAAACAAGUGGAUAAAAUGGGAAAAGAUAUGUAUGCUAACAUGAAAUAUUCCAUAUUUGAACUCUGAUUUUACAGAAUGGUGAGGGUAUUAAUAUCACUUAGAACUGUUUUCACAUGGUAUUCGUGAAAAUCAGUUUUCCAAGAAGGAUAAAAACCUGUCCUGUAUUUCCAGAGUUUGAGAGCAGCACCAGCCUAUUGAAACGUAAUUAAAAAUGCCGCUUGUUGUAUUCAUUUUCAGUGCCCUUUGGAAAAGUGUGCUUUCCCCUGCGGAGGGGUGCAUGUCCUGCAGGCUGCACUGCGGAAGGGCACCGGCACUCCCGGCAGUCCUCGGGCUCGGUUGGGAAGGCGGCUGCUAGACCGGUUGCUCUCCCGCACGCACAGAAAUAGGCCUCUGUCGCUAGCAUUUGUCUCCUGCUCCUCAGGUAGGGCAAAUCCCUGCAGCUUCACUGAAGCAAUUCCCAGAUUUCUGUUGCCUGCGAACCUAUCCUAAUUCAGUAUUCUCGCGGUUGAGAAGCCAUGUCAUCAUUCAAACGAUGGCACAUAUAUUGGCAUUUGUGCAGCCAGGUCUCCAUCAGGACUCCUACAGACAGAGCUAGGGCUUCAGGGCUGAGCUCUGAAGCAUCCAGAUUUUAACUGUGCAGCUUGAAGUUUUCAGUUCUUCUCACCUGCAGGGAUGGAAGUCAAAUACCCAGAACUUGUGUGUCUUUUUGAAGUCUUUUCUGUAAUAGGUUUUGUGCUCUGAGCUCAGGCCAGUGAUCCGGUUAGCUUAGUAUUCAGCUGCAGCAGAGGAAGUUGCAGAAGCCUUGCACUAAGCGUGUAUGAAGCAACUCACCCAGGGGAUUUUUUUGUUGCUAAAUCUCAUAAUCUUGCUAAACAAGAACAUCUGAAAAAUUAAACAUUUGAAUUUUGGGUUUGGUUUGCAAAUACCUGUAUGAUGUAGCAUUCCUCUCUUGUGCUAAAUAGGACAACCCUUUUGAAGUUGCUGUAACACAACCAAAAUAAUACUGUUCAAACUGUGGCGUGAGAGAUUCAUCAACUUAUUUCACUGGAUUCGAUCAAUAUUUUAAUCGACACAGAUUGUUACGAAACAAGGGAAGAGACUACAGAGGACUCAACAGCUAUUAAUGCCUUUCACACCAAUAUACUGCCUUCUACCCUGUAAGGAAAGUAGUGGUCAAACCAGUUUGAAACGUGUUCGUGCUGUGCAUCAGAACUAGUACAGCUUUAAAAACAAUGUAGUAUAUUUUAUCUAAUAGUUUAUGUGGUUUUUUUUCCAGGAUUGAUUACAUUUACAUAUUAAAAAAAACUAUUUUCCAUCAAACAACUUUAUACCAGCAAAGGCAAAUUAACUGGCUGUGUCAGAUAGAGGAAGUGUUUCUUUUCAGAUGAAUAAAAUGCCUGUUUUACAAAAUCUUAUUUUGAUAUCAAGGAUAUUGUAAUUCUCGGUAAUUAUGAAAGUCUAAACUCAAAAUACUUUUUAACUUGUUUGUGUAAGCUCAAUGUAAAAUAACACACCAGUCUAAGAGCAUUGCUAUAGCUUUGCCUAACAAUUGGGAAUUGUAUUUAGCCACUGCUUUUUGAAUGUUUACUGUUUUGCUGUGACUUUCCCUUCAUGUUUGCUGUGCCAGCAUUUGUGAAUGCCAGCGUUGGAAAGUAACUGCUGUCAUACAUUUGUGAGUAAAAUCAGUCUACAAUUUUCUCUUGAUAGCAAUGCAGGUGUCUUACCAAAUGGGACAAAGUUCCUGUGGGUGUACAGUCUUUUUUAGUGUUUCACUGCUAUUUGGGCUCCACAUUAUACCAAGCCGGUCAAGAGGUUCCUCUGUCACUAGACCCCUCCCUGGCAAUGGAAGUAUCAGGGAGAAAAGCGAACGUGGUUGGGCAGAAGCAUGGGUGGCUGCAGCACACCAGUGCCUGCCCACCUCCAGCUGGCCUCCCUGGCACCCUGAGCCUGCUGCUCCCCGCUAAUGUUGAAGCAGCUUUUAGGCUACUUCAGUUCAAUGCAUGGAGACUGGCCAGGCAAAGAGCAGGAGAAAAUCUAGAGACUACAUUUUAAGGCAACUUUACUGGCACCUGUUCUGAAUUACACUUUCUUUGCAAUAGAGAUGUUCUAAAGAAUCUGGCCUCUAAUUUUCAACCUUCCAUUUUUUUUCUAGCUUGCAUCUUGCUAAUGCGAUGCCCUGUCUUCAGGCACACCCGGUACUUUGUCAUUGCUUAGGGAAUUGUGAUUCUGUUCUCUUGCUCAGUAAUGAACCUUUUGAGGUACAAAUAUCUGUCAGAGCUUGAUAAGGGCAACACAAAUAAUAAUGUCCCGCUGCUUUUGCUUCAGAGGCUGUGUGCAUGGGUAUCUGGCUGUGAGAUUCGCAUCUGUUUGAUCAUUAAAUCCGAUCUGCGUUUAAUAUAUCCACAUUUCCUUCAGCUAUCAAGACUGCACAUGUGCAAAAAUUUUAAAUUUGACUCUAAUCCAGAGUGGGUCUUCUCAGUAUUGUGCUAAUGGAUGUUGUCCACAGUCUUUUCUUUUUUAAUGUUGGAUGAGCCUUUUUGCCCAGAUUUACUGAGCCAUUUCUGUUCAACACUGCACAUGCUUAGCUUAAAGAAAGACCUAUUCAAGUGCAAGGAGCUGAAAUACACGGUAAAGUGAGAUACCAAGUAAAACAAGACUCCAGAAAAUCCUUAUGGGACUGAAUUGGACUCUUUACAUUAAACAGGUUUAAGGUUUGACUGAAAUUACAGUCAAAAUUUCAUCACUGGCAUGGCAGCAAGGGGAUUUCAGUGUUGUGUUGAGAGUCCACCCAGGGCCCACCGACUGUUUAAGUAGGAAUUAAUUGGUAUACAUGCUGCCCGCCUGCCUCUGCACGGGGAUGCAUUGCAGCCUAUACAGAUAAUAGGUUUCCUAAAUUGUAACUUGCCUGUUGACCAUUUUAGCAUUCUAAGUGCUAAUGUUACAACUAGCCAAAAGCAUCUGAGCCACUUAUUUUCAUUUAUAGCAUUUCACUGCUCACAGUACUUCUUUUAAUGACAUAUGGCAUGUUUGUUUAUGGAAAGUGAAAGAUCUGUCACCUGAUGGCAUUAUAGCCGUGACAUGCCUCAGUCAAAAAGAACAUGGUAAUGCCUUCCUCCUGCUGCCCCAGAAGUCCAGAAUUAUUCCUGAUACUGAAUUCUCUUCUGGUUUGCACUGUGACUCUCUAAAUAACUACACCUGAGUUGUAUUAAAUAUUAAGAUACCAAAAAAAUAAACAGUGGCCAAGAUAGAAAGCAUGAUUAAAAUUGAUUCCGGUUUAGAGAGGAUAAAUUUCAGAAAAGUACUUUUCAUUUAAAAUGGAGAAUACUGCUAGGUAAUAAACCCCUCCUGGACUAGAACGAUGUUUCAGUUCCCUUUCCCCAUGCCCCUUCAUCACCAUCCCCUUCCACCUCCGCACAGCACUACAUGAACCUACAUGCGAAAGACUAUUGCACUGAAUUCAGGAAGGUAAAUUAAAACUAUUGCUCUGUACUGAUGGUUUCAACUCUUGCCUAAGAUAUGCUCUUUUUUUUUUUUUAAUGAGGAAUGUAUUCAAACUGCAUGGGCUGUUGCUUAAGUACUUACACAGUAAAUAUUUGCAGUUGCUACAGCUCUUGUAAAAGGCUGCUGGACACAGACCAUGGAGCAGUAUUUUUGUGCUGUUCCCAUGUAAUUGAGAUCAGACUCAAUCCCUGAAAUAGGCUGUUUUAGACAUUCUGGUUACUAUUAGCACUACAAUGAGUUGCCCCCAAAAUCAUACUUUUUUAGAGAAGGGUGCAUGAGAGACAUGCCACUGAUGCUUUCCUGAGGUCCAUAGAGUUCUUCACUAAAUCACCAGUAACAGCCACUAUUUUUUUCAUUACUGUGCAGCAGGCAUUAAUGUUACCUUGCACAAUUAUGCAGUUUGCACUUAAUCAUUUCAAUUAAUCUUUAGUAAAUUACCCAGUGCUUUGUAAUUAUAAUAUUUGCAGCUAAUUUAAUGCCAUCCUAAAAAAUCAUUUGUUGCAUAAUAUAAGCAAUUAACAUUUAUUCGCUUUCUUUCUGUUGCAGGGGGAUAUAUAAAUUAUCCUCAAAGGCCUUUCUGUACACCUAAUUAACACCUGUUUGAAUUACUGUACAGACUAUGGACAUUUCAUCUGAAAAAUAAAUAUGUCACUAGUUUUGUGAAUUCCUUGCAAAUACACAGUUAUAAAAAUUACUUUUCAGAUGAAUACAAAACCACAUUUUCAUGUGUCUUUUGGGUUAAUAAAGUAGGCUAGGCUCUUUGGCUCUCUUACUUAGAAUAGGUUCUGACAUUUUUCAUACACUUUAAAAAAGGAAUUAGUCAGAUACCUCUUUUCCAUAAUUAAGUACAGUAUCCCAGAUUUUAGUCUGUUUUUUUCUGUUAUGACAGGAAAAGCAAUGAGGCAUAAAGAAUAUAGAUCCUAAUGUACAUCUUACAUUUCUGUAUCUGUGUAUACAGUUAGGAAGUUUUACUUAUCAGAAACUGUCAAAAGCAUUGCUGUACUGGAGUGUCCAGCAUGCUCUGCUAAAUUUGUGGAAAUUAAACCAGACUGCCUCAAUGGCAUAAGAGAGGUUUUAGCCAACUAGCAAUUUUCUAUUUAAAUGCACAGUAUUAUUGAGGAAGAUCAUUUGAUCUUUCUAAAAAGGAGAUCUGAAACAAACUUUCCAGCAAGAAUGCCAAUAUCAAAUGUUUACAACCUCCAUAUAUAUGAAUUUAGCAAAUCGAAGAGAUUUUGAGGCUUUUCUGUGGGUAUGAAAUGUUGCAACAGAACGUCAGCUCCUAUAAACCAGUAUAGCUCCUUUGAUUUAACUGUGUAAAUUUACCCCAGCAUAGGUUCUGGCCCCAAAACAUGAAUUCCUUCCCAUCUUUUGCAGGUUCAAGAAAUCAAGACCAACUGCAGUGAUUAGAAAAUUUGCAUAACAGUUUAAUACUGCCUGAGCCACUGAGCAUAUAGUUUCAUCAUACCUCUAAAGAUAAUCUGCAACAGAUGGGAUGCCAUGAGUCUUCUGGCAUUUUCCCUUUCCUGGGGCAGGACAGAGGCAUUUUCAAGAGAAGUAGCUAGUAGGAUUUGGGGCUAUGAGGCGAUGUGCAUCCUGUGAAUAUCUCUAAGGGUAGAAAGUCUUUCUUAGAGACGGUUUGUUGAUAUAGAUCCGGCCUUGAGGCACAUCGAGUUUGAUUUUCUGUUUCGCAUUAAAAUGUAGGAUCCAGGUCUUAAACUGGCCUCAGAAACUAAUCGAGACUCAGUGGUGAGAACUGAUGAUGGCUUCAAUGUUUUCACAGAAACGUAAGCAAGGGAGAAGGCGAGCAGCCAUAUUCUGCUUCAGCUGAAGCUUGUGUAUCUUUGUGUUCAGUCUCAGAUAAAAUGGCUUGGCAUUUUUUAGGGUAGUGGUGGCAAACUCAAAAGUUACUAUAGUGUGAUGUUCUUCUAGGAAGAAGAAAUUAAAUUUCCUACUGAGCAGGAACAGAAGGAAGGCUUUUUUUUUUUCUUUUUUCUUUUUUCUUUUUUUUUGAAGCCAUUAAACAUAAACAUCCACACUUGGAAGGAAACCAAAGCAGGCUGUUGGGCUUCACAAAGCUCUGACAUAGACUCCCGUGACUGCAGCAGUUCUUGGUGUGCACAGUUGUAACAGGCAGAGUCCGUCUGCUUGUCGUGAAAGAGGGUGUCCACCCUUUGGCUCUUUUUCGGUUUUGAGAAAGCUGUGGUUCAUGACUUAGAGAUAACAAAUCACGUACAGGCAAAAGCUGUAAGAAAGACAAGUUUCAUAAAGCAAGACAUGAAGGAAACAGUAAGACAUUUGGUGAUGUUCUUUCAUUAAAAACGAGAAAGUGAAUUUAACUGGAAUAUUUGUGCUUUUAUGUUAGUGAUGAACAAUACAGUUGAAAAGUAUUCCCAAAACCACAUUGCAGUCGCUUACUGGAGCAGGCUACCAGAGCAGCAAUACUAUAGGAAAUGUUUAUUGUAUCUCAUUUAUGGGAUAGUAUUGAGUAAAAAUGGAAGCCAAUACACUAAAUCUUGCAUCAUACAACCAUUUAUUGUAUUUACUGUAUUUUAAUAUCAAAACUAAUACGGUAUGAAUGUUUACAGUACACUGGGGUAGAAAAUACAGUAAAGUAACUGCUUUGCCAUUUAGAUCUUUAAAUAAUUAGUUUAUGGUUUCCUGGUCUUCUUUAGUUCAUUUUAUUUUACAGAAGUUAAUAGGCUGCUUACAUUUGUAUUUUACAUUAGUUGUAUCAUGGGUAUUUUAGGUUCCAAAAUAGAUUGUUUUUGCCCAAAGCUGUUUUCAAGCUCCAAUAAUUAUUUCUAUUUCCCAAGCACUUGUUUUAUUUGCAGCAUUUCUGCUUAUGUUUUAUUGAAUAAAUUUAUCAAAUUUCUUCAGUUUUUUUCAGCAAUGACUGAUAAAAGCAAGUUUUAAAAAACAGUCUGAAAUCAUUGUCAUAACAAUGAAGAAGAAGGCUACUUUGAAAAGUGAAAAUAAAUUGUGUUUUGUAAAGAACAGUGAACUAUGUAUAGGAAUAAAAAUAAAUAAUCCGUAGCAGGAAAUUGUUGUCUUCUAUUAGAAUUUUUGUAACUUUUUCUGGAUAUUUUUCAUCAUCUUUGUUGUAAGUUACAAAGCUGAUAAAAGCUCAAAUAAAAAGAUUUUAACCUGU